CUGCUCCUCUCUCCUUUCCUCCAGAACCUCUGCUCCUCUCCUUUCCUUCAGAAUCUCUGCUCCUCUCUCCUUUCCUCCAGAACCUCUGCUCCUCUCCUUUCCUUCAGAACCUCUGCUCCUCUCUCCUUUCCUCCAGAACCUCUGCUCCUCUCCUUUCCUCCAGAACCUCUGCUCCUCUCUCCUUUCCUCCAGAACCUCUGCUCAUCUCCUUUCCUCCAGAACCUCUGCUCCUCUCUCCUUUCCUCCAGAACCUCUGCUCCUCUCCUUUCCUUCAGAAUCUCUGCUCCUCUCUCCUUUCCUCCAGAACCUCUGCUCCUCUCCUUUCCUCCAGAACCUCUGCUCCUCUCUCCUUUCCUCCAGAACCUCUGCUCCUCUCUCCUUUCCUCCAGAACCUCUGCUCCUCUCCUUUCCUCCAGACUCCCUGCAGCUCUCUGUCUCUGAGGAGGAGGUUCUCCCUGAGCAGCAGCACUGUGAGCAGGAGUGGAGCCCCAGUCUGGGGCAGGAGAACCCAGAACUUCCACAGAUUAAAGAGGAACAGGAGGAACUCAGGACCAGUCUGGAGGCUGAUAUCAUAGAGUUCAAAUUCACUCCUUCCUGUAUGAAAAGUGAAUGUGAUCAGGAGGACCCACUUCAGUCCUUGACUCUUCCCCAAACUCAAACUGUGGAUAACAGAGAGCGUGACCCUAAACAAGUGGAUCUUACACCUUUUGUUACUGUGACCCACCUUAAGGGUCUCUACAUUCCCUGUGACCCUCAAGAUAAUCAAAACAAUCUACCCAGCCACAGCUCAACCUUAAGCAGCGACCCAGCAGCACUUGACAGCAUCCCGCCAUUGGAUCCCAGCCCACCAUUGGAUCCCAGCCCGCCAUUGGAUCCCAGCCCACCAUUGGAUCCCAGCCCGCCAUUGGAUCCCAGCCCACCAUUGGAUCCCAGCCCACCAUUGGAUCCCAGCCCACCAUUGGAUCCCAGCCCACCAUUGGAUCCCAGCCCACCAUUGGAACCCAGCCCUCCAUUGGAUCCCAGCCCACCAUUGGAACCCAGCCCUCCAUUGGAUCCAAACCUAUCAAUGGGGGAACACUAUUCCAAACCCAGCACCACGUCUAAAAAACCUCACCACUGCCGUGACUGUGGUGAAAUGUUUGCUCUGAAAGCUGACCUGAAGAGUCAUGCGACUCUCUUCAAGGAGAGACUUAGCGAAUGCCACUUCUGCAGAAAACGCUACAAUUCCACCUGUAAAGUGAUGGCCCAUGUCCGACUCUGUCACGGUAGGAAACCCUGCACCAGCCCUGUUUGUUGCAAGACUUUCAAACUUAAAGGAGAUCUGUCCAAGCACAUGAGGAUUCACACAGGGGAGAAAUCAUUUAGCUGUGGAGACUCUGCGAAAAGCUUCAAUCAGAAGGGGAAUCUAAGGAACCAUAAACUGACUCACACAGGAGAGAAAUCAUUUAGCUGUGCUGACUGUGGGAAAAGCUUCAAUCAGAAAGGGUCCCUAAAGAAGCAUACACUGACUCACACAGGAGAGAAACCAUUUAGCUGUAGUGACUGUGGGGAAAGCUUCAUUCAGAAGGGGAACCUUAGAAGCCAUAAACUGACUCACACAGGAGAGAAACCAUUUAGCUGUGAUGAUUGCGGGAAAAGCUUCAAUCAAAAGUCUAAUUUACUGACACAUGUUAUAAACAUCCACAAAGGAGGAAAACAGGAUAAGCUGAAAGAAAGAACAUUAUGACAAAGAUCUAUUUAGUCACAAAAUGAGAAUAAAAAGUCAGGAUGUGGACAAUA